GUGAGGGUUUUAUAUAAAGGUGGAUGUGGGGCUUUUGGGUCAUUGCAAGUAGCAGACGUGAGACUUGUAUUAGACUUGCGAGCCUAGGCUAGUGAUAUGGGGAGGCAACCUUGCUGUGACAAACUUGGGGUAAAGAAAGGCCCAUGGACGGCUGAGGAAGACAAGAAACUCAUCAACUUCAUCCUCACCAAUGGCCAGUGCUGUUGGCGUGCGGUCCCGAAGCUCGCCGGGCUCCGACGCUGCGGCAAGAGUUGCCGUCUUCGUUGGACAAAUUAUCUUCGCCCUGACCUAAAGAGGGGCCUUCUCAGUGAAGCUGAAGAACAAUUGGUUAUUGAUCUUCAUGCACGUCUUGGCAACAGGUGGUCCAAGAUUGCAGCCAGAUUGCCUGGAAGAACUGAUAACGAGAUUAAGAACCACUGGAACACCCAUAUCAAGAAAAAGCUUCUUAAGAUGGGAAUUGAUCCUGUCACUCAUGAACCACUUCAUGAAAAACAACCAUUUUCUGAGGAAACACCAUCAAAUGCUAUUCACUUGCAAGAAUCAUCUGGCAACCAAUCUGUGCAGGAAAAUGACAGCAUCAUUAACUCAGAUGACAACUCUUCAAGCUCCCCAACCGAAAAUUGUUCAAGUGACGAGUCCCUUUUGUUAGACAACAUUUGCAACAAUGAAUCUUUAGUGAACAGCUUGUGGCUAGACGAAGCUCCCCUAGUUGAUGCUGCAACGUGGGAAAACCAUCCUAUUGGAGAAAAUAUGAUCUGUAACAUGGGCUUGCCAUCCUUGGAGGAGAAUUGCGCCUGGUUAUUGGAUUGUCAGGACUUCGGGAUUCAUGAUUUUGGUUUCGACUGUUUCAACGAUAUUGAUCAACUAAACGUGUUAAACACAUUAGACGUGGGAGAAAAGCAGUACUAGGACGUAGUACCAAACUGGAGUCUGGAGGACUUUGUCGCCAAGAAGACAAGAAAAAAAAUGUUUAAAAGCUGCAAAUAUGCACAUGUACGUACGUGACAGAACACCACAUAUGUCCGUCUGCAGGCUGAAUUUGGGGUCUUUGGUGUACGUUGAACUUUUAUGUAUUUUGUUCCAGAAUAUUCUUGGAAGGUGGAAGGUGAACCUUGCCUCUUAUGAGGUCCCUCACCAACCAAAGUAAAAACAAUAGUACAGAAGCAGAGAGUUGAUGAUCACUAAAAAUGUGACAUUAUUAAUUUGGUGUUGUACUGCUCGAACUUAUGUCGAAGGUGGGGACACAGUGCUGAGCAGCAAUGUUACCAAGUGUACGUUAGUGGGAUAUGUGAUCUAUAUGAAUCCACCUUUUGUACAUAGUACUGUAUAUAUGUUUAAAUUAAAA